GGUUAACCCCUCCCCCACCGGCGGACACCGAGCACAGCGCUGCGCACAUCGUGAUCCGGUGGAUGCGGAGGGACACGGCGCGGGGUCACCUUUAUCACUGCGAACGGAGAACCGCACGGGCUCAGACGGCACUUUUCGUGCUUGAGGAAGUCCGCUUUUCUGCAGACGUGUUCAGUCCUGCUCCACAUCACCCAGCACCAUGUCUGGCUCCUACGAUGAAUCCGCUGUCGCUGAUGAGGCCAUGGACAGCUUUUGGGAGGUGGGAAACUAUAAGCGCGCUGUCAAGAGAAUUGAUGACGGCCAUCGACUUUGCAAUGAUCUUAUGAACUGCCUUCAGGAACGUGCCAAGAUUGAGAAGUCCUACAGCGCGCAGCUCACCGAAUGGUCCAAACGGUGGAGGCAGCUCAUCGAGAAGGGGCCUCAGUAUGGGUCAGUGGAGCGAGCCUGGAUAGCCAUGAUGACUGAAGCCGAUAAGGUGAGUGAACUUCAUCAGGAGGUGAAGAACGGUCUGAUGAACGAAGACGUCGAGAAGGUGAAGAACUGGCAGAAAGACUCGUACCACAGACAGAUGAUGGGCGGAUUCAAGGAAACCAAAGAGGCUGAAGAGGGCUUCAAGAAAGCCCAGAAACCCUGGGCUAAGAAACUCAAAGAGAUGGAAACAGCCAAGAAAACCUACCACAUGGCCUGUAAAGAGGAGAAGCUGGCUGCAUCCCGUGAAGCAGAUGCAUCGGUCACUCCUGACCAGCAGAAAAAACUCCACGAGAAGACUGAGAAAUGCAAACAGGAUGUGCAGAAGGCGAAGGAGAAGUAUGAGAAGUCUCUGGACGAGCUGUCCAAGUGCAGACCACCGUACAUGGAGAGCAUGGAGCAGGUGUUUGACCAAUGCCAGCAGCACGAGGUCAAGCGGCUGACCUUCCUCAAAGAGGUCCUGCUGGACAUCAAACGACACCUAAACCUCACCGAGAACCAAAACUAUGCCGCAGUGUACCGUGAGUUUGAGCGCACCAUUCUGGCCGCUAACACACAAGAGGAUCUCAAGUGGUUCAGUAAUAAUCACGGUCCCGGCAUGCAUAUGAACUGGCCCCAGUUUGAGGAAUAUAAUCCAGAGGCUACCAAUGCUGUUGCCAAGAGAGAAAAGAAGAAGCCGGAUGGAGUCGCUCCUGCCACCCCGAACACAGAACACGCAGGUCAACCAGGAGACCGCGGCAGCGUGAGCAGCUAUGAUAAGAACCAGACGUACUCCACAGAAUGGUCAGAUGAUGAGCAGCCCGCCGGAUACUCUGGGAACGAGACGAACGGCGGAGCAAACUCUUUUGAGGAAGACACGGCCAGCAGAGGAGGUGUUCGCGUACGGGCGCUGUACGACUAUGAUGGACAGGAGCAGGACGAGCUGAGCUUCAAAGCAGGUGACGAGUUAACAAAGAUCGAAGAGGAAGAUGACCAGGGCUGGUGCAGAGGUCGCCUGGACAGCGGGCGGUCAGGCUUAUACCCGGCCAAUUACGUGGAGGAAAUCUGAUCAUCUGACCAGAGGAAGACACACCUUUGGAGGCAGCUCUGAUUGUCCGAUCGAAUAUAAUGGCAAAUUUGCCAGAGACUUCAUAUGAACGACUUUCCCUGAAGAUGUGCAAUGCAGUCUUGUUUAAGAUUUAAAACAAACGAACAAAAAAAAAAUCUUAGUAAAGAUAACCACACUGUAUAUAUAUAUUGAUCUUAUCUGCCAGGCGGGGAAGAGCUUGCUCACUACUAAUGUUUAUUUGCAAAUAUAUAACGUUAUAUGCAUUCAAACCAAUGGAUAAGAAUAAAUAAAUGACCCAUCAUCAGUUAUGCAAGUACAGGAUAGGAUUAUUCGUGCGGAUUACAUGUUAAUUGAAAUUAUAUCACUGAAUACUCCUAUUUGUGUAACGUUCCAGCUCGACAGACGUUCAUAUGGCCACUUUGCUGUAUUUUAAGACAAAGUUCAGUGUGCGAUUACGGGGUACUUGUCCAGUGUGCGACUCACAGUGGGCUCUUCGGUUUUCCUUCCAUCAGUCCAUGCCCUGUUGCACUGGUUAUUAUAUUAGGUAUCGUCCUCUUGAUGUCUGUGUCUUUACACAUAGCAGCAUGAGCUAUGGAAGCAUGUAGUCCCCGAUAUUUCUCAGGCCGUCUGUUCUGUAUGCAGUUCCCUCAGUGACCAGAGAGGGCAGUAGACUCAAACCAUCAACACGAAAACCUCAUUCUGUGCUCAGAACAGAUAACUAUCAUUCAAAAAUUAUGGAAUCACCACACUAAGAUGAUGUUCACUCUAGGGUUGCUGCUAACACGACUGUUUUUAUAUUGAGUAAGCGAUAAUUUAUCGAUUAUUCGACAUAUCUAAAGAAUUAAUUUUAUUUGAACAAUUAUUAAGGAAAGUAAUAACGUUUUUGGAACUUUUGGAAAGUUGCCAUUUAUGAAACCGUACAACACUAUCUCAUGGCAAUUCGUAACUUUUUGAUUUAGUGGCUAAUUCGCAUGAAAUCAUCCUUACGGAAGCUACACAUUUCAACUAUUUUCAAAACAUAUUACUGUAGUCUAAGAAAUAUUUCAAAAUAAUAUUUACACUUAUUUGCACAUAUCAAUGUCUAUGUUUUGAAACAUUCUGAUAACAAAAACAAUAUGAUAAAAUUUAGCUUUCACAUUAUACAAUGACAAACGUUUGAAAAACUAGCAUGCAGUUGUUGUCAAAUUACUGCCAAAUUAGAAAUGUUAAACCUAAAAACUACCUAAACCUAAAGUAAACUCAUUUUUUGGAUGUUCUCAAUUUAAGUUGAAGAAUGUAUCGCAUUGGAAUCCCAGGUGCAUUAAAUAGUUUGAUAGUAUCUGUGCUGUUUUAAAGAAACAUUAUUUGGCUUCUCAGUAUAUAUACACACUAUAAACUACAGAAAUAUAAGCGUUCUGUUCUGAACAUAGUGUCAGGUUUUCAAUUGCUGGAUUGUUGAGCUAUGCCAUCUCAAGUUUGUCAAAGCCAUGUGUUGUUAUUUGUUACUCCAGCAAGGCUUUGUGUUUGGCCUCUGUUCAUGUCACUUCUUGAUACCAAAUCGAGAUUUUUCAGAUGGACAUGAAUGUUUUUGUGCAAGAUUUGGGCUACUUGUGCACAGCACAUUAGAACAGAACUCAUGUGAAUUUCACACCUGGACCAUCACACCACUGAUCAAUACUCGCAACCGAUGCAUUGAUUCACUCAAUCCCUGCAGUUUCAUAGCCUUUUUAAUGAACGCACUCUGCUAUCGCAUCAAGCAAAGAAAACAUAGUCAAAAUAUUUGAUUUAAAAAGGUCACACAUGGGCCUAAUAUUUAUUUAGGCAACAUGCAAUGUAUAUACAGUGGUCCCAAAAGUAUUCAGACUAUGGAAUCAUUCCAUAUUUUUAAACUGAAUAAUGCAGUAUUUAUUAUGUGACAUAUCUGUGCACAAUUUUUUUUUGUCAUGUGUCCUUCUAAACUUAAGGGGAUGUUUACAUGGUGGCGUUUUCAACUAACAAAGGAAAACUUUGGAUGCCUUUUCAGGCCUGAAAAGGCAAACUUUUGAAAACGGGUUUCAAAGUGCAUGUUUGUGAAAACAAUCCCACUAUUGUGAUGUUUGUGAUGUGUUGCGCAUGUGAAAUAUGUGUUAAGUCUAUAGGCAUGCGCAAAUACUGGACAACCCAAACAACAGUGGAUGACCUAAAGAGUGAACAUACAGUACGCGUAGUGUUCCUGCACAAAGACACAGCACCAGCUACUGGUAUACAUGCAUAAUCCAGCAGUUUAAGUAGUUUUCACUGGAUUCUUUUUUCACAAAUUUGUCAUCGUUUUGCGUAACUUUUCAAAACGUCAAAAAUGUCAAAAUGUCAGUAGCUAUUUUUCCAUCCAAAGAUGUGAAUUAAAUUAAUGUGCACAACUGUAAUAUCGCAUAUAAGACAUGCAAAUAAAGCAGCGUUUCCAUCGAAUAAGUCAAAGAGUACAAAAUCAUUACUUCCUGAUUAACUGGCGCCAAACAUAAAAAGUAAAAACUGAAUUUGCUGCGGUAGGAGAAGCUACGUGAAUCUUUUCUUUAUUUAAUAAAUUACUUGCACUUAAGAAGACAGAAUGCCGACACGCAAUGAAUGCGUGGUGGCGUUAGAAGUUUCUGGAGGUAAUUAAUAACAUAGCAACACUAAUACUGAAAUGUUAAGGCGUUUUAGAAUGAACAAAACAACAUUUCAGAUGUUUUACAAUGCGUCGGCUCCACUGGUUUGUCCAUUCACACAUUUUUAUAAUCACAUAAUCCCUUUAUAUAAAAUCACGACUUCUUUAAUUUGCAUACUUAAAUUUGUUUGGUAAAAGAGUUUCCAUCGUAGUUUAUGCGCAUAAAAAUACAAAGUUUAUCCUACUCAGUUAUGUGCAUAUGCUUUUAUGCGCAUUUUCAAAAUUAGCAUCUUGCCAUUUCCAUCAACCGUUUUUAUGCGCAUAUUUAAAAGGUGAAUGGAAACGUAGCUAUAGUCAUGCAAGCGUAGCCCUAAUAAAGCG